GUUUAUUAUUCUUUAGAGGCGUUUCACAUCACUUUGUCAAAAUAUAAAUAAUAAAUAAAUAAGUAAAUCAAAUUGUUGUUCUGGUGUUGGCGAUAUAGCUAUAUAGUUGGCCAAAUAAAUCUUUACACGGCUAAGCGGUGAUGAAGUAACAAUAAAACAAAAAAAAAAAUUGCUGUUCAAAAAAUUCUAUAACAAUGGGUGGAUGUCGUUGUGUGUUUCGAACGUUACAAACGGUGGCUUACUUUUGCUGAUACAAUGCAUUUUUUGAAAAUGCCAGCGUCCUUCCAAAAGAAUAGAGUUGUUUGUGCUAGACACUUCCGCGAUGAAUGCUUCAAAAAUUAUAAAAGGGAUCGCUUAAAUCCAGGAGCUGAACCUACACUCUUCCGUCUAAAUGAUGAACUGGUUUUGGACUACGCACAAGUUUCGGUGACAGGUUGUCCUGAAUUAAUUAAAACACCAAAGAGUACAAUGAUACAUUUGAUACCACCAUCUACUUAUACUUUUCCAUUUUCAUUUCAUGACAAUUUAAAUGUAAAUGAAUAUUUAGAACAAAAUGAAAUUGUUUUAUCAAAAUCUGUAGAAUCUGAAGAACUUCAAAAAAAGCCAAAGAGGAGCCGAAAUGAAACAAUUAGCACGGAAUUGCAAAGCCAGCCGAAAAAGAUUAAAAUUUUAAAUUCUACUGCCACUUCUUCUGCCGUUGAGUCCGCCACUUCAUCAUCGAUAAUUCAAAUAGAAUUGAAUGAUGGUCACACAAUGUUAAGCAUUCCUCUGGACUCGGGUGAAUACAUUCAAGCAAAAGAUAUGGUUGAAGAUAACGAUGACGAAGAUGAAGAAUUCGAUUUGGGAAGUUUUGAAGAGUACAUAAACGGAGAAAUGAGUGAAAAAGAAGAUGUGGCAGAGUAUGUGCAAAACGCAGAGCAAGUUGACAACGUGACUGAUGAGUUGCUAGCCCGUAUUAAUAAGUUGGAAAACGAAUUGAAGGAAUCAAAAGAGGCAUUGAAAUGUAAAACAACCGAAUUAGCUCAAACUGAAAUGGAACUGAAUAAAGUUAAAAGUGAGCUUGAUAGUUUAUCGGAAAACCACGAAGAAUUAUGUAAAGACUAUAAAAAGAUGGUCGAGACCAAUAAGAAUUCAUGUAAGCAAAUUCAGAAGUUGCAACAAGAUAAAUCCAAAUUAGAAAAUAAAUGCUCGAAAUUAGAGAACCAAAGGCAAAACAAACAAAUGGAUGCUGUGUCAACUAGUCAAGCGCCAACACCGUUAACGAAUAAUGAAAUUUGCACUUCCAAUAGUCGACAGUACGCUCCACCAAGCACAAAUCCACCUUUAACCGUAACAAAAGCCCAACUUUUCAACGGUAUAAGAAAAUAUACCUCAUCAUCUAUGCUUGCUUUGUUACGUAUGGAAAUGUUCGGUGGCGCUGAUCGCGAAUGGAAACCAGAUGAAAGACGAGUGGCAAUGGACUUGCUACAGUUGGGUGAUGAAGUUUACAAAUACAUUAAUGAUGAGUGGCGAUUUCGUUUACCAGCUUUGAGUGAAGUGCGAAAAUGGCUUGCAGACGUAACGAAUGGCAAUGAGGAUGACGAAGAUCUUUGAAAUUUUCACCUAAAAUAAGUUCAUUACCCAUAUUUAUUAGGAGUGCUUAAUUUAUUUAAAAAAAUCAUUUUUUUCUACUGAUAAUUUAUAUAUUUAAAUGUAAUGUAUUAGAACAUAUUUAAAGGGUUAAUGUAUCAUCAUCGUAUGUUGUUGCUACCGGAGUCUCCAAGUUGCAUAUAAUUGAUGUCGACUUAAAAUACAGUAUUUAAGAAUAAAUAAAAAUUUUAAAUAAAAUACAAA